CAAAACACGAUAGUCAAAAAAAAAGAAUGAAAAUAAAUAAAAAGAAAAUGUCUUCAGUUGGACAGACCGACUGAAAGAAAACAUGUACUGCUAUAUUCAUAUAGAACGUAUAUCAAUCAAGCAUACGAGCCGAUUCGAUUGACCAUAUGAUCGUUAAACAAUUGUCAACAUGUUCCAUCAAUUGAUUAACCAUCUUGGAUCGAAUUUUCUUCUUAAAUGUUCAUGCACUCAGGUAUCACGGCGAUCAGUGGUCAUCCUACGACGAAAAGUUCGUCUUCCUAGUCAACCAUCAUUAAUCAGUCCGCUGAUUGUUGGACCACUGUUGAAAGAACGACCACAUUAUCGUGAACCGAGACCGGUUGCGGAUUUCAUCUAUGAAGAAGUUGAAAAUAGUGAAAAAUUGGAAGAAACAAAAUUGAAGCUCAUAUUGUUGAAAACAGUCGAUGAACUUGGUGUACCUGGUGAAAUAGUUGAAGUUGAACGUGAUUUUGGCCGUUUUUCAUUGCUCAGUUCAAAUAGUGCUGUUUAUGCUUCACCGUACAAUCUGAAAAAAUUUCGACAACUAAUCGAAGCUGGUUCCAAAGAUCGUGUUGGACCUUCAUCAGCAUUUGUUGGACCAACAUUGAAAAAAUUGGCCAAUGACGUCAUAAUCGUUGUAAUGAACGAUGAACAUUCGUGGACAUUGAAACCUUGUCAUGUGAGAAUCGCAUUACGAGCUGCAGGUUAUUUGGUUCCAGAAGAAUGUAUUCGAUUACCCGAUACUCCGAUCGAUGGACCAGACAUUGAAGGCAAACAGGGUAAAGAUUUUGCCGUUACUGUUACAAUCAACAAUCGUGAAACGGUCAACGUACGAUGUUUGCUUCAUCACAAAGGUCAAACAUUGCGAUUGAAUUGGAAUCGGAAACCACGUCACAUUCUAUUGGAUGAACAGAAAAAGCUAUUAGAAUCAAUGCCAUGCAAAGAUGCGCUAGAAGAGGAUGAAUAUAAUUUAGUAGAUGAAUCAUAAUAUUUGUUUGUUUAUUUUUAAUUAUUAUAAUAAUUGAAUUAAUAAAAAAAUAAAAUUUUCUCAUUA